AUGUCUCGCAUCGAUUCGUUUGUUUUUCUUGCCCUUUUUGCGGCCAUCGCCGCAUAUUGGCACAGCGACAUUGUCCAAUUUGUUGGAAAUGUUGUUGUUGGUUUCGCCUUGUUGGUGACGGGGAUUUGCUGCAUCAGCAGCCCCCGCGCAUGGCUCUUCCGGUUGGUGCAGUCGGUGGCAGUGUGGGUGGCCGAUGUCGAAGCUACCCAGGCCACCCACCCCACCCACUGCACCGAGGCCACCGAGGCCACCGAGACCGAGAAGAGACUGAGGGCCCAGGUGACGGGUUUGGAGCAGAAGCUCCGUGGCACGGAGGCACGAGUUCGCUAUUCCGAGAUAGCCCGGGAGACCGAGAAGAAACGCCAUGAAGAAGAAGUUUGCCGCCUGGACGCGGAACUGGCGAAUGUCUCCCGGGGUAUCAAGGGAUCCCUGUAUGCAAAGGACCAGGUCGCAGUCGAGUGCCGCCAGUGGCGACGCAAGUUCGAGGACCUGGAAGACCACCACCACCAGCAGCAGGAGCAGCAGCAGCAGGGCCUGAAUCUCGUUCGCGAGAUGAAGGGGCGUUCUCGUUGGGCCCCGGCCAAAAAGUACGGAGUUGGGAAGCGGGAACGUGGCCAGCAGAAAAAAACAUUCACUGCCAUUGCGCAGGUGGCGAUUGUCAACGCCGCGUGGGAGUCGAAGCUGGUCAAGUUCGAGAGCGAGGCUCGAGACUAUGUGGCCCGUACCGACGACCAGCUUCGGUCUCUCCACGGCGCCGCCACCGCGCUCAGCGACCAGAACGCCUGCCUCCAACAGCAGGUGAAUGCGAACCACGGCAUCACUCACGAGCUGACCCAGCAGCAAGUGAAGGAUGCGGUGGCAAGCACGAUGCUGUUUGCUGACCACAAGCACGAGGAGGCUGUGAAGGAGCUGAAGCAAGCCCAUAGCGAGGAGCUGAUGGCAGUCAAGGCUGGUCACGAAAAGGAAUCGAUGAAGGCAACAUCGACUGUCAAGGCAGAGGCGGACACUGCGCGAACCCAGCAGCGUGAGGCGGCCGAGAGAGCGGCAAAGGAGGAAAGCCGCUUGAAGAAAGAACUCGGCGCCCAGGAAGCGCAGCUGGGCGAGCUUCAGGCCGCCAAUGCCAAGACGGUCGGUGAGCUUCAAGCGGCCAAUGCUCAUAUGCUUGGUCAGCUUCAAGCCAAGGAGGAGGAGUUGAACGAGGCCAUCGAGGAGAUCCGCAGCCAGCGGGAGGCCCGCAAUGACCUAUCGGAGAGGUACACCCGGCUGCGGGUCGACUUCGGUGACCUUAAGGGGGAGAGGGAUGACCUUAAGGUAAUUGUCCGGGAUCUCGACGACGCUUGGAAGGACCUCGCUGCAGACGGGGAGACGUUACAUCAGCGGAUCGAGAUCCUGGAGGAGGAAAACCGGGUGUUGCACGAGAACCUCACGGAGCUUGUUCGGACGUCGGUGCUCGCGGGGAUCGACCUGCAGCAGAGUCGCCGCAGGGCUGACAAUCUGCAGCAGCAGGUCGCAACCCUUGAGACCGCAGACUUGACCGCUGCGCAUGUCCCGUUGGUCACUCACGCUCCUAUGAAUUCUUCACCAUACCGCUCGUUUGCCGCUCGGCCAUUGAUGCUGAGUCUGGCCAACCUUUUCUUCAUCGCCGUAUCGCAAGUUCCUUUCACCACUGCUGCGCCUGUCUUGUCUCCUCUUUUUCUGUCAUCCCGCGACACAGAACCACCAAAGGAACCGAGCGAUCCGAGUUUAUGGCUUUACUUGGGAUUUUCAGCUGCUCUUGUGUUGAGCGGUGGAGCAUUUGCGGGUCUUACGAUUGCCUUGAUGGGACAAGAUGAAGUUUAUCUCCAAGUUAUCAAGACUUCCGGUGAAGGCCCCGAAAGGAAAAAUGCCACUAGUGUUCUCAACCUCUUGAACCAUGGAAAACACUGGGUUCUUGUCACGCUCCUCCUCAGCAAUGUUAUCACAAAUGAAACAUUACCCAUUGUCCUUGACCGAACACUCGGUGGUGGUUGGCCGGCGGUGUUAGGAAGCACUGCUUUGAUUGUCAUCUUCGGUGAAAUUGUUCCGCAGUCCAUUUGCGUCCGCUACGGUCUUCCCAUCGGUGCCUGGAUGGCACCUUGCGUCUUGGUCUUGAUGUACAUUAUGUCCCCAGUCGCCUGGCCAAUCGCAAAAUUGCUAGACAGGUUGCUUGGAGAGGAUCAUGGUACUAUCUACAAAAAGGCCGGAUUAAAAACACUCGUUACUCUCCACAAAACCUUGGGUGAAGCCGGAGAGCAACUCAACUCUGAUGAAGUGACCAUUAUCAGUGCAGUUCUCGACCUCAAAGAGAAGUCAGUAGGCAGCAUCAUGACACCAAUGGAUGAUGUCUUCACUAUGUCCGCCGACACUGUCUUGGACGAACGCACGAUGGACCACAUUCUUUCCCAAGGAUAUUCCCGCAUUCCCAUUCACGCCCCUGAAAAUCCGAUGAACUUUGUCGGUAUGCUCCUUGUCAAGAUGCUCAUUACAUACGACCCGGAAGAUUGCAAACGGGUCCGCGAAUUUGCUUUGGCUACACUUCCUGAAACACGUCCUGAAACCAGCUGUCUGGAUAUUGUGAAUUUCUUCCAAGAGGGGAAGUCCCAUAUGGUUCUUGUCUCUGAAUAUCCUAGUGAGGAUCGUGGCGCUCUUGGAGUUGUCACCCUAGAAGAUGUCAUUGAAGAACUGAUCGGAGAAGAAAUCAUUGACGAAUCUGACGUCUUCAUUGAUGUCCACAAAGCCAUCCGACGAAUGACACCUGCACCCAAGUCUCGGGUUGCCAAAGGCAAGAUCGUCGAGGAGCCCCCGUUGAAUGCCUCUAUCGUCACCGACGGCGACUUGAUCGAUGUAGAUGCCACACAGGCUUCAUCUCUCCCUAAGCCUUCCGACUUGAUUCGACGCCGCAGUUCGGUGGAAGCACCACUGCCCCGCUUUCAGCUUCGCAAAACUAAUACCGACAUCAAUCAAGACUCAGCAAAUGAAUGGGUCACACAAGUCGGCACCACAGAUGAGAUUCGAGAACACCUCAAACAUCUUGGUCCCUCCAACCUCGCCAGCAGGCCGCGCCAAACCCGUUACCAUGCCGUCAAGAUAAAGCGCAACAGCGCCUCUCCCUCCCGCUCCGCACAAACCGACUUUGAGUCUGGACAAAGCACCUCCGACUCCCAAAAGCUUAUCCCUUCUUCUACUGGCUACCAAGGUGGCAUAGGCGCGGGCUUGCUCAACUCCGCUGGAACAGACGCUAAGGAUGGUGCGCAUGCUCUCAAACUUGGCUACGGCACUAUGACUUCGCAGGACAGUGUGAGCAAAGGCACCGGUGCUCAGCAAUACAAAUACCUUCCCCAAGUCUCCAUCCCCGAGGCUGUCCGUGAGGAACACGAAGACCAACCGCGUUCUGGGUCGACGCGCGAGGCUAGUAGUGUUGCUUUACGCGACGAUUCCGAAAACCAACCGCGUUCUGGGUCGACGCGGAAGGCUAGUAGUGACGAAGGCAGUGUUGAAUCCCCUAGUGCACCAGGAUUUAUUUACCACCACCGCGGACCGGCGCGUAGUGGAAGCAUCACAGAACAGGUUGUGGAUGUCAACGGUAUUCGCAAAGUUGUCCUUCAUGCAAAUUGCGCGAGUUCCUCAGAAGGUGAAUCCCAUCCAUCAGGCUAUCAUCGCCAUCGCGACCACCACCAUACCGACGGUUCAGUUCUUGAUACCGAUGACGCAAAAUCAGAAAAUCCCGACAGCAGCCACGCAAAACCCAAAAAGAAGCGCCGCCGAAAGAAGCAUGGCAAAGCUUCAAAGUCUGAUGAUGGUCCCUCGGAGGACCAGCCGUUACUCCGAUAA